GGCGAGGCGUCCGGCCCAUCUUUGCAGGCCAUCUCGCGGGACCUGACAGGGCGUCAGGAAAGGUUUGCCUGCACAAGGGGAGAGGCUGCAUCAUUGGACAUGGAGACAAGGAAACGAGAGAGGGAUUCCAAAACCCUGAAGGAGGCUGUGUCAUCGGACAAGGCAAGCAAAAAACGUGGGAGGAAACCUGCGGCGUCACAGGAUGGAUCAAACCCGUCUCUCAAGGUUGUCUCAUGCGAGUCUUGGGCCUUUGGGGGCACCGGGACGGCCUCUGCUUGCACGCAGGUCCUUCCAAGCGACCUGAGCAUGUCCCAGAGUCGCGGCACGCAGGCCGGGCCUUCAGUGCACGAGCGAGGCGUACAGGCAGUGCCUGGUCGAGCGUCAAGGGAGGACCUUGAGCGUGAGGGCCUGGAGCAGACCCUGAUCGGGAUGAGGCGCCUGUUGGCAGAGGGCGGCAGGGACUUGCUAAAGCAGUCGGAGGGGGAGGUGUGGAGGGAGGGGAAGAGGCUGAAGCGGCUGGCGGAGGGGCAGAUUCGAGAGCUGGAGGGGAUCGACAUGGACACGAUGGUGCUGUACCUGCACUCCGCUCUGAAGUUUUUGGAGGCUGCACAUACACAAGAGCAGCGGAAGGACUGCCGGGGGGUCAUGUUCAAGGGCACGGGCGACCUGCUGCUGCACGCCGCGAGCCACAUGGAUGGGCACACGAAAUUGAGGCCCAUAGUGAAGAGAUGCGCGCAGGUGCUAGCAAAGCGCCUGGCGGCUGUCGCUUUCGUUCGGCACAACAUCAUGGAGCAACGUGGCAGUGCGCCCAGCAAGGACGGAGCCGGUGGCUCGCCCCCGCCGACUUCCCCCCUGGAAAACGGCGCCAGGUGCGUCGAGACCCUGUUGCGGGGUGUCCACCUCAUCCAGUCCACGGCGCGCGACCUGUCCGACCUCCGGGCCGUGGCCGCGGCGUCCGGCGGCGCGCCCCAGGGACCGCUGGAGCUGAUCUCCAUGGUCGGGGCCGACGCUGGGAUGGGCGACCUGACGGACACCCUGACGUGGGCGCAGCACGCCAUCCAGGGCCUCGUGAGGUUUGACGAGAUGGAAGGCUGA